GCCUGGGGAAGGGGAGAAAGACCAUCUUUCGGUUGAAAUCGGAGCCGGGCGACUUCACCUUGGGGCCGGGGGAGCUCGGUGGACCUCGCGGGCCAGUUUCGCAUCAGCCCCUGCCAGCCCGCCGGCCCCGCUCCCCGCGGGGUCCCCGCGCGCCGGCUGGACCCGCCCCGAGCUCCAUGGUUCGCCCAGCCCUGCGCGAUGGGGACUCGGGGCGCGGAGGCUGGUGCGGGGCGAGCCCGCCGCGCACGGCAUGAAGGCGGGGAGCGCGGCUGGCGGCGGGCGGGGGCUGGCUCCGCGACCCCGGCUCCCCGAGAAGCGGCCCAACCGCCUCAACCCCGAAAACGCCAACAAGUAGUUUCUCGUUGGAGGAGGGCGGAUCGCUUGGGUGUCAGCAUCCAGCCCGGCUACCCCGACAACCUCGUCCACUCGGAACCUGAGCAAGAACCACUUUUCUCUCGGUCUCGUUAAGUCAUGUCUGAGCCACAGAGAUGGGCAAGAUCGAGAACAACGAGAGGGUGAUCCUCAAUGUCGGGGGCACCCGCCACGAGACCUACCGCAGCACCCUCAAGACUCUGCCCGGCACGCGCCUGGCCCUGCUGGCCUCCUCCGAGCCCCAGGGCGACUGCUUGACGGCGGCGGGCGAUCGGCUGCACGGGGGGUCACCUCCACCCCUGUCGCCGCCGCCGCCGCCACCCCCGCUGUCCCCCGGCCCGGGCGGCUGCUUCGAGGGCGGCGCAGGGAACUGCAGCCCCCGCGGCGGCGGCGGCGGCGGCGGCGGCGGCAGCGGAGACCCCCUCGGGGGCGGCCGCGAGUUCUUCUUCGACCGGCACCCCGGGGUCUUCGCCUAUGUGCUCAACUACUACCGCACGGGCAAGCUGCACUGCCCCGCCGACGUGUGCGGGCCGCUCUUCGAGGAGGAGCUGGCCUUCUGGGGCAUCGACGAGACGGACGUGGAGCCGUGCUGCUGGAUGACCUACCGGCAGCACCGCGACGCCGAGGAGGCCCUGGACAUCUUCGAGACCCCCGACCUCAUCGGCGGCGGCGACCCUGGCGACGACGAGGACCUGGCGGCCAAGAGGUUGGGCAUCGAGGACGCUGCGGGCCUGGGGGGCCCCGACGGCAAAUCCGGCCGCUGGAGGAGGCUGCAGCCCCGCAUGUGGGCCCUCUUCGAGGACCCCUAUUCGUCCAGAGCCGCCAGGUUCAUUGCUUUUGCUUCUUUGUUCUUCAUCCUGGUUUCAAUCACAACGUUUUGUCUGGAGACACAUGAAGCUUUCAACAUUGUUAAAAACAAGACAGAACCUGUUAUCAAUGGCACAAGUGUCGUUCUGCAGUAUGAAAUUGAAACGGAUCCUGCCUUGACGUAUGUAGAAGGAGUGUGUGUGAUAUGGUUUACUUUUGAAUUUUUAGUCCGUAUUGUAUUUUCCCCCAAUAAACUUGAAUUCAUCAAAAAUCUCCUGAAUAUCAUUGACUUUGUAGCCAUCCUACCCUUUUACUUAGAGGUGGGACUCAGUGGGCUCUCAUCCAAAGCUGCAAAAGAUGUUCUUGGAUUCCUUAGGGUGGUAAGGUUUGUGCGGAUACUGAGAAUCUUCAAGCUUACCCGACAUUUUGUAGGACUGAGGGUGCUUGGACAUACUCUUCGAGCUAGUACUAAUGAAUUCUUGCUGCUGAUAAUCUUCCUGGCUCUUGGAGUUUUGAUAUUUGCCACCAUGAUCUACUAUGCGGAGCGAGUAGGAGCUCAACCUAAUGACCCUUCAGCUAGUGAGCACACACAGUUUAAGAACAUACCUAUUGGGUUUUGGUGGGCUGUGGUGACUAUGACUACCUUGGGCUACGGGGACAUGUAUCCUCAGACUUGGUCAGGAAUGCUGGUGGGAGCCCUGUGUGCUCUGGCUGGAGUGUUGACAAUAGCCAUGCCAGUGCCUGUCAUCGUGAACAAUUUUGGAAUGUACUACUCCUUGGCAAUGGCGAAGCAGAAACUUCCAAGAAAAAGAAAGAAGCACAUUCCUCCUGCUCCUCAGGCUAGCUCGCCUACCUUUUGCAAGACAGAAUUAAAUAUGGCCUGCAAUAGUACACAGAGUGACACAUGUCUCGGUAAAGAAAAUCGACUUCUGGAACAUAGCAGAUCAGUCUUAUCAGGUGACGACAGUACAGGAAGUGAGCCGCCAUUAUCACCCCCAGAAAGGCUCCCCAUCAGACGAUCUAGUACCAGAGACAAAAACAGAAGAGGGGAAACAUGUUUUCUACUGACAACAGGUGAUUACACGUGUGCUUCUGAUGGAGGCAUCAGGAAAGUCUAUACUGAAUAUUGCCUGGCCCAUUGAAGACACUUAAAUAUUUGUCGAAUGAAUACAUUUUGUUGGCUGAGGAAUAUAAAGAAUACUAGAGCUCCACUCCAUCACAUGAUUCUGUUUUCGUUGAUUACGCCUUUUUAACUCUUCCCUAGGUGCUGCUUUUUUUUCUUUUUCUUUUGAGUAAAAUUUAGCUAUCUUAGAGCUAUUGGACCCCUUUUCUUCUCCUUAAUAAAUUAUUUGCGUACCUUUAUCAAAAGGCCAGUUUGCUCUUUGAUUACCUUCAUCUUUGUUGUGUCCAGCUGCUUUGUUGCUACAAUUAUUUGUCUGUGCUAAUUGAGAUAACAGUAAAAAGUAUAUAAUUUCUUAUGCAACAGAAUGAAUUGAAAUGAAAAGACACUUCAAGACUUUCAUGUUAGCUAUUGUCAAAAAAAUUGUGCUUAUUUGCUAUUCAUUGUAGUUUCUCCCUAUUGAAUACUUUUCUAUUGUUAAGUCUGUAAUAUUUCUUUUGUGACUCACAGUUCAUUUAAAAUAUCUCAUUGCCCAUGUUAUACUUCUCUUUCAUUCUCUCUGAACCCUUUCUUGUCCUUUCUUCUACAUGUCUUUGAGUAUCAAAGAAGAGUAAUGAAACUCUUCUUUUGUCUUGCAAGGUGUGAUAUUUUAAAUGCUACUUCAUUCUGAUUACUUUCAUUCCCUGCUGUACAACAAAAUGUAGUUCAAUGGUCUGAAUAGGUUCGUUUGCUAUUUUAAAUUUAAGUAUUAUAUAGAAAUAAUUUUUGAAUAUUUUAUGAACAUAGUUAAUAUACUAUUGUAGUAUUUAGACAAAGUAAAGAAUAAACAUCAAAUAAUAUCUAACUAAUGAUAUCUUAUAUUUAUAUAUUUUAGCAAAUUAUAUAUGCAUGUAUAUAUGUUUAUAUGUAGUAUGUGGUUGAUUAUAAGUAUUUUUUGAGCAUUACUUAAUAUUAUCAUGUGAAAUAGUUACACCAAGAGUACAUGUUUCAGGAGUUAUCUAGAACUUUUUUCUUCCAGGUUAGACAAUAGUUUGAAUUUUAAACUGUGAAGGAGAUUAAAGAUGGAAAAAGACUAUGCAAAUUACAAGGUUUUAUGUGAAGAUAGAGUUUUUUUUUGUAAAAUGGCAUUUAAUGAGCAAAGCAAUUAAUAAGAUAUUUAGCUUGUAUGAAAUGUUGUCUCACAAAUAUGACUGAUUUAUCAAUGAGUGCAUCAUGGAAAAUUUAUAAUUCUUUUAUUCUGUCAUUUUCACUAAAAUUAACUUCUUUUUCAUUCUUGCUUAAUUCUUUUGCAGCUAUGCUUCCCCCCCUCCCCCCUUAGAUAUGGUAACAUUUAUGGCUAAUUUCACCUAAUCUCUGUGUGUUGUCUUGUCAUGUCUUUCAGGAAUUCAUCAUUUUUUACCCUCUCUCAUUUUAUGCAGAUGAUAGAUUUCUUCUAUUUCUACCCAUUAAAUCACCAUGUGAACUCUUCUUUUACCAUUCAAGUUGUCUACUAAUUUGAUUGUAGAAUUCUUAGUAUUCUCCCCUUUAUAAAUAGAAAGAAGUGACUGUUUCCAUUGAACU